CAGUCGUCCAGAGGCUCGCCCCCGUUUUCACCCGUUUUUUCACCCGUUCGCAUUCGGCUGAAGUAGUUCGCAUCGACUUCUCGCUUCAGGCUCUCUGCGAUUUUCUUCAGCCUGUGCCGUCUGUCGAAGGAGAAAGAUGUCACGAGACCCGAGCUACCCAGGGUUCCAGUGGGGCCUCCCGGGCUCCCUGCCCUCAUACGGCGGGAUGCCUCAGGGCAUGGCCUUCCCGGGGUUCGGCAACACCACCGUCGUGGACAAGGUUCCGCCCGAAAUGCUUCACCUCGUCGAUGCCCACUGGUACCAGUUCCCACCGAUGAACCCCCUGUGGCACGCGAUCCUCGGCUUCGUGAUCGGAGUGUUGGGCGUGAUCAGCGUGAUCGGGAACUUCGUCGUCAUCUACGUGUUCAUGACGACGAGGAGCCUCAAGACCCCGUCCAACCUGAUAGUCGUCAACCUGGCCUUCUCCGACUUCCUCAUGAUGGCCACCAUGUUCCCGCCCAUGGUCAUCAACUGCUACAACGAGACCUGGGCCUUCGGCCCGUUGAUGUGCGAGCUGUACGGAAUGGCGGGAUCCCUCUUUGGCUGCGCUUCCAUCUGGUCCCUGGCUGUCAUCGCCCUCGACAGGUACAACGUGAUCGUGAAGGGGAUGGCCGCGAAGCCCAUGACGUACAAGAGGGCCCUGGGCUACAUCCUCUUCGUCUGGUUCUUCUCCGUGCUCUGGACAGUGCUGCCCAUGGUGGGAUGGAAUCGGUACGUACCCGAGGGUAACAUGACCGCAUGCGGAACGGAUUACCUGACGGAAACCUGGCUCUCCAAGUCCUACCUGAUAGUCUACAGUUUCUGGGUUUACUUCCUCCCUCUCUUCCUCAUCAUCUUCUGCUAUUUCUACAUCGUCCAGAUCGCUCUGAUGACGAUCUCGCUGUGGUUCAUCGCGUGGACGCCCUACCUGGUCAUCAACUGGAACGGGAUGUUCAACAAGAGCCGGGUGACCCCCCUCUUCACCAUAUGGGGGUCCGUGUUCGCGAAGGCCGCCGCCGUCUACAACCCCAUCAUCUACGGCAUCAGCCACCCGAAAUAUCGCGCAGCCCUGAGGAAGAAGCUCCCAUGCCUGGCCUGCGCCUCGGACGAUGGGGACCAGGAAGACACGAAGAGCGUGACCACUGUCACCACGGCCUCGUCCGAGAGGAUCGACGAGAAGCCCAGCGCCUGAUCGAGGCGUCGACGUGCCUCGAUCGCCGCUUCGAUAGCCAUCGCCAUCGAGAACCCUGCAGGGACGAGUGUCUCCGCUCCGACGUCGACAAGAAAAAAGGAUUCUUCGAGUUUGGUUGUCCCAAUAAAUCCCUUGACCCAGCAUGUAGAAA